AAUAGAAAGGCAUGGAAAAAGAAAUGGCACUUAGAAUUACAGUAUCGUUAGUCGUCGCAUUAUUGGCCAUUACAAUUCCAUGCCUCGAGGCUAACAUUGGAGAGGUUGAUGAGUAUCUCCAAGAAAAAGCAACGCAAGCCCGCAGAGCAGCUCUCGAAGCCUACGAGGCCGAUCCUUUAAACGUCACGUCCGAGCUUAACAUGCACGUUCAUCUAGCGAUGGAUGAUGCCAACAGCAGCAGAGGGAGGGACCUGAGGGAGAACAAGAAUCACAGGGAGAAAUGCAAGGCCACCAACCCAAUAGACCGAUGCUGGAGAUGCGACCCAAAUUGGGAGAAGAAUAGAUUUAGGUUAGCCGAAUGCGCCAUGGGUUUCGGCCGCAAGGCCACCGGAGGGUUGGGUGGUAGGAUCUACGUCGUCACGGAUGAUUCCGAUCUCGACAUGGUUAACCCGAAACCCGGAACUCUGAGGCACGGGGUGAUCCAGAAGGGGCCUCUCUGGAUCAUAUUCUCCCGCAGCAUGGUGAUCAAGUUGAAGGAGGAGUUGAUGGUGUCAUCGGACAAGACCAUCGACGGUCGCGGAGCCAAUGUUCAGAUCAGAAAUGGCGGGGGCAUCACUUUGCAGUUCGUCAAUAACGUCAUCAUCCACAACCUUCGCAUUCGCAACAUCAAACCUAAGGCGGGUGGCACGAUAAGGGACUCCGUGGAUCAUAUCUCUGUGAGAACCAGAAGUGACGGCGAUGCCAUCGGCCUCUUCGGGGCCACCAAUAUUUGGAUUGAUCAUAUUUCCCUCGCCAACGCCGAGGACGGCCUCAUCGACGUCAUCAUGGGUUCCACCGGCGUUACCGUCUCAAAUUGCCACUUGACCAGACACAACGAUGUGAUGCUGUUCGGAGGUGGUGAGGUGUAUCAUCAGGACAAGGUGAUGCAGAUAACGGUGGCGUUCAACCACUUCGGGAACGGAUUGAUACAGAGGAUGCCGAGAUGCAGAUACGGGUUCUUCCACGUGGUGAACAACGACUACACUCACUGGAUAAUGUACGCCAUCGGAGGAAGCUCGAACCCCACUAUACUGAGCCAAGGAAACCGAUUCAUUGCUCCGAACAACGAUGCGACGAAGGAGAUUACGAAUAGGGUGGGGACGCCGCCAGCAGUGUGGAAAGACUGGCAAUGGCAGUCGGAGAAUGACCAGUUGGAUAACGGCGCCAUUUUCGUUCAAUCGGGAAGGCCGAUAACUUCCAUCGAUAGAGGGAGCUUAAUCACGCCGAGACCUGGGAUUGAAGCUCCGUUGCUUGCACGAUAUUCGGGUGCGCUCAGGUGCAGGCCUGGUAAGCCUUGUUAGUCUUUAAUUGUUCGUCAUUUUUCAAGUGUGAAACAAGAAAAAAAUAGUUAGAUGAAUUCUCUAGCUAGCUUCGAUGGGAUGUUUCGCUUUAUGAUCACUUGAAGCUGACACUAAUGCCGCCUUCACCAGUAGCAAUAUGUCAUUUUCUUUGAGUAGCGUUGUUCAGUUUGAAAUUCUCCAUGUAAUAUUAUUCACAAGAACUUUGUUUUAGAGGAACCUAUUGCUUUAGAGUGAUAGCACUUGAAGCACCUCGUUUUUAGUAGGAUGUCAUGUCAUAUAUGACAUGUUGUAUAGUUAUGUAAGAUAUUAAUUUGUUAAUUUAA